GAUUGCCACACUCGGGGCAGGGCCCUGCCACAGAGCUGUCAGAAGAACAGCUGCAAUGGAUCUCAAAGAGAGCUGCCCAAGUGUCAGCAUUCCCAGCUCUGAUGAGCACCGAGAGAAGAAGAAAAGGUUCACUGUUUACAAAGUGUUGGUCUCAGUGGGCAGGAGUGAGUGGUUCGUCUUCAGGCGGUAUGCAGAGUUUGAUAAACUCUACAACACGCUAAAGAAACAGUUUCCCACGAUGAACCUGAAGAUUCCAGCUAAAAGAAUAUUUGGAGAUAAUUUUGAUCCUGAUUUUAUCAAACAGAGAAGAACAGGACUGAAUGAAUUCAUUCAGAAUUUAGUUAGACAGCCAGAGCUAUGCAACCACCCAGAUGUCAGAGCAUUCCUUCAGAUGGAUAACCCCAAACACCAGUCAGAUCCAUCCGAAGAUGAAGACGAAAGGAGUGGUCGGAAGUUAAACUCUACCUCACAGAAUAUCAACUUGGGACCAUCUGGAAAUCCUCAUGCUAAACCAACAGACUUUGAUUUCCUGAAGGUGAUUGGGAAGGGCAGCUUUGGCAAGGUUCUUCUUGCAAAACGGAAACUGGAUGGGAAAUACUACGCUGUCAAAGUGCUGCAGAAGAAAGUUGUUCUUAAUAGGAAAGAGCAAAAGCACAUCAUGGCCGAGCGCAACGUGCUGCUGAAGAAUGUGAAACACCCCUUUUUGGUUGGCUUACAUUACUCCUUCCAAACCACAGAGAAGCUUUACUUCGUCCUGGAUUUUGUUAAUGGGGGAGAGCUGUUCUUUCACUUGCAAAGAGAACGUUCCUUUCCUGAGCACAGAGCCAGAUUUUAUGCUGCUGAAAUAGCCAGUGCACUGGGCUACCUACACUCCAUAAGCAUUGUCUACAGGGAUCUAAAACCAGAGAACAUUCUCCUAGACUCACUAGGUCACGUUGUGCUGACAGACUUUGGACUCUGUAAAGAAGGGAUUGCAAGUUCUGACACCACUGCAACUUUCUGUGGGACACCAGAAUAUCUUGCACCAGAAGUCAUUAAAAAGCAGCCCUAUGACAACACAGUAGACUGGUGGUGCCUGGGUGCAGUUCUUUAUGAAAUGCUUUAUGGGCUGCCCCCUUUCUACUGCCGGGAUGUUGCUGAGAUGUAUGAGAACAUCCUCCACAAGCCCCUCGUGCUGCGGCCAGGAAUCAGCCUCACGGCCUGGGCUAUCCUGGAGGAGCUCCUGGAGAAGGAUCGGCAGAGCAGGCUGGGAGCAAGGGAAGACUUUCUUGAAAUCCAGAAGCACCCAUUUUUUGAAUCCCUCAGCUGGACUGAUCUCCUUCAGAAGAAGAUUCCACCACCAUUUAAUCCUAAUGUGGUUGGACCAGAUGAUAUUGGGAAUUUCGAUGCAGUGUUUACAGAAGAAAUGGUCCCGUACUCGGUCUGCGUCUCUUCUGAUUACAGCAUUGUCAAUGCCAGUGUCCUGGAGGCAGAUGAUGCCUUUGUGGGAUUCUCCUAUGCCCCACCUUCUGAGGACAUGUUUUCCUAGGA